CCCUGAGCCGCUGUUUAUUUAUUUACUUAUUUUUUCCUUCCUCUUCUCGUUUGUCAUUAUGGAAGCCUUUCUAAGUACCUUACCGCCUUAUGUUCACGAGUUUUUAGACAAACACCCACCUACGGAUGUAUUUAACUUGUUACGAGAGUUGAUAUGCUUUGCUGUCUUGUAUUCGCAAGAUCGAGAAAGAAUAAACCAAGCAACCGAGGAGCAGCUGUAUUUAAUCUAUAGGCAACAGAUAGUUAAGGAGGUUCAUCACCAAGAAGAAGAAGAGUUAGAGCAUGAAGCUGUCGUGCCAGGCAUAAUGGAUGCAAUCAAAGAAGAGGAACAUGAAACAGAGCCAAUCGUAGCGGAAAAGCCAAAGUUACCUAAUACAUUUCCAGAAUGGUGGGGUCACCGUGAAUUUGAACCACCAAAGAAACAGGAAAAGAAGCCAGCGGAAGCUUCAGUAGAACAUGCGACUGUUGUUCAUAGCAACACAACUUCAGCUACCUCUACACCAGUGACUACACCACCCCCACCACAGCAACAAAGUCAUGCUACGACUUGGAUAUCAUGUAAGAAAACAUCGAGUUCAGAUCGAUUUCUGAAAUUAACAUGGUAUUAGGGGAUAACAAUACACCAGCACAACAAGACGAUAAUGAUCAUUAUCAUUUCCGUUUAGAAAGAGCAAGAAGUCAAAUCAUACCCGAUCUUAG